AUGUGCCAGCAUGUCAAAGUUCGUUACCAGUGCGGCCAUCUACGCUUCUGCGUUCUGUGUUGGUGUUCGAAAUACACCGACCAACAGAAGAAAUGCCCGCUGAAGAUAUAUCGUCGGGAGUCACUGGGAGAGCGCUGCGGAUGUUGCAAAGACACGAGCUCUCUUACCAAUCGUAAACGAUAUACACUGAGCUCGAUGCCGUCGCCUCAUGGCAUCCCGAAACCGAAGGGGAAGGCUCCAUCGAAUGCAUGCUACAGAGCUGUUGCUCUAUAG